CUAACCACUGCACUAACCCUGAUUCCUCUUUAGCAGGAAAUUAACUUAAUGUGGUUUGCAUUACACAAGCGCUAAUGGUGUUCGGUGUCUAAAAGCGUGUGAAAAGCUGCAAAGAAAGAUAUCUGUGCGUGUACCUAAAGCCAAAGCAUCCUAGCAAAGAGACAGUUACAGCCAACCUUGCAACAUGAACGGAUCCGAAUUGAUGGAGGACGAAAUGACCAACGUCACUUUCAACUGUCUUGCAUCUGACACUCUAAGUAGUUUCAACAUCACUAAUCGUACUCACUGGGAGAUUACCGAAGAGCUACAAGGCGCCGCCCCCGUUCUGGCCACAAUCUACGCCAUUUUUUUCGCGCUAGCCUUCUUUUGGAACCUCUUCAUUGUCAUCACAUAUCUCGCCAAAUACAAGCUGCUGAAAGAACCCGGAAAUCUUUUCUUGUUUAAUCUUGCCUUGGCCGAUUUAUUAGUCGCUGUCACGGUGAUGAUAUUCAGCUCCGUAGCUCAAGCAGGUGGUGAGUUCAUUUUCGGGUACACGGACAUUGUACGAUGCAACGUGUGCGAUCUAGCCGGUUUUUGCACCAUGUUUUUCGUCUUCAUGUCGUUUCAUCUUUUGGCUGCUCUUUCAAUCGAUCGUUUCAUCCAGCUAACGUACCCACUACGUUAUAAACGUCUCAUGAGCUUGUGGCGGGCAGUGAUCGUCAUUAGUAUCGCGUGGAUUGUCAGUUUUAUAAUCGGAAUUCUACCAUUUCUUGGUUUCGGACAAUAUGAAUUUAAUCGACAAUUUGGCAGUUGUAUUCCUCGAUUUACUGGUACAAAUUUGAAAUCAUCUGUGAAUAACUUUUUUUAUGUCGUAUUUGCUGCUCUAGAGGCGCUAAUUCCGAUCAUAAUCAUAGGCAUAACGAACGUCUUCACAUAUCGUCUAGUCAGCAAAUUCCUCAAGAAGAACUUGAAACGAAAAAAGACUUUUAGAAACGAUGCAGAGCUGAAAACGAAUUCAGCAGAGGACAAAAAACACAAGCAGCAACAAAAUCAGCUCGUGAAAGUAUUUGGUGCCCUCUGCAUAGCAAACUGCGUUUCGUGGACACCCGUGAUUGCUGUUAUAUUUUCUAUUGGAGUUGUUGGACUUACGGUAGCCUCGAGCAUUCCGGACGGUGUGUACGUGUUCGGGUGGUUCUGUUAUCUCACCAAUCCUGUGGUGCAUCCGAUCAUCGAGUCGUUUUUCGUCAAAGACUUGCGUUAUCAAGUUACCAGGGCCAAAAAAUCGAUACGAAGAGCGAGUACCGCUAUCAUUAAAUCAACUACUAAAUUGCGAUUCCGAGACACGGAUCUAGAUCGUGCCAAUCAAGCCAUUGAUUCCGGUGCAACGAAAACAUCCAAACGUACCAUCAGGUUCUUUAACACAGACAAAGCCAAGGCUAAACGCGAGGCGGCUCUCGACACUACAACUAUGAACACGGAGGACGUUCUUGUUGACGAAAUGACGAGUCAGCAGAGCACCACCCCUUCACCAGUGUUGAAACGAGAAAUAAAAAAAAUGGAAAAAGUCGGACGAAGCGUAACGUUUACGGACAAUACUUCCGUUAGCCCGGACAGAGAAGGAGGCGUGCAAUUGAAAUCUGUACUCAAGCGUUUCUCGGAACCAGCUGUAAUGCGGUUGGAGGAAGUGGGCGAAAUUAUUCGAGAGGAAAACGACGAAUUCGAAGAAAAUGAGUCAAAUUUACCCGUAGAAAUAACCCUGCCUCCUGCUACUAGCAACGGGCUUAACAACGGUAUCCAUAUUCGAGAGGAAAACGACGAAUUCGAAGAAAAUGAGUUGAAUUCACCUGUAGAAAUAACUCUACCUCCUACUACUAGCAACGGGCUUAACAACGGUAACGGUAUCCAUAUACAAGAUGAAACAACUGAAAUAGAACAAGAAGAUGUGCAUGUGAACAUUAAUGACGCUGAGCAGGCGGUGACGGGGGACACGCAUAUAGAUAUUGAUGGGAACGGUGACGACGAACUUGUUAGCUGUAACCAUAGCAAUAAGGCUGAAACUCAAGUAUGAUAUAACUUGUGAUUGUGUUUUAUUAUUGUGUAUGCUUUAAUUAUUGCGCACUAUACAUACAUGCUGCAGCAUUUUAUUUUACAUCUUAAAACCAAUACCAUGUACGUAAUAAUUAUAUAAUUGAUAUUAUGUGCAGUGAUGA